AAAACCAAAAACACUUGUUAGUCAAACACUGUCGCUGUAGUGUGGUACUACGACCACGAUUGGUUCGGGUCGUAUAGCUGAGAAUAUUUUUUUGAGGUGGUUUUUAGUUGACAUUCAUUAGCGGUAACGAAAGCAGUGCAACAAAUGAUUUGCUUAUAAAAAUUGGCCAACAAAAAUAAACGCGAAAUAAAAACAACAAAACAUAAAUCAUUUUCAAUACCAAAAAAAAAAGUGAAAUACAAAACAAAGUCUAAAUUAAAAGAAAAAAAUCAAGAUUUAUUGCAAAUUUGCAUUGACAACGACUACGACGAUCUCCAUAAGAAAAAAUACAGAAAAUAAGAGAAAAAAAAACAAACGAAGCCAAUAAAAUUGUAUGAAAUCAUCGGAGAAAAAAAAAAUUAAAACAAAAAUAGCUCCCCCCAAUAAAUUUUUGUGAUAAAUAUUUUUAAUUGUUAUCAAACAAGAAAUUCAAAAAAAGGGAAAAAUCUUAAAAAAAAUCCGAAAUUCUUAAUGUAUAGCGGCGGCGUGUCUGUAAUUAAAAACACAGCAAUUCAUUCAACCCCAGAUGUGUAUGCAUAAUCCAUAUGUUCGUUAUAAGAGAACAUUUUGGUUUUUAUGUAAUUUUCUUUGGUUGAAAUAUCAAAACGCUUUCGGUUAGAAAAAAAGACAUCAUCACCCAAAAACAGCAGCAGCAGAAGCAAAAGCAGCGACAUUAACGCCAAUACCAUUUUUGUUUUCAAAAAUAAAACAAUUUUGUUUUUCGCCGUUGUGAAACACCCCCACAGUUCCACCGAUUUUGGUUUUUUGUGCACAUCAUAGGUGGCCAGCAAACAUCAAAGGUUACUAGCUGUCACAACAUUUUUCUUUAUUUUGGACGACCAACUUGAAUUAGUUUUUGACACAAUCACCUAACAGAGAAAAUGUUUCGCAACACAGUUCUGUCCAAUACCCCGACAUAUAAGCUUAUAUUAGGCUUUGGUCUAUGCACACUCGGUGGUGCUAUGUUAUAUGCCUACUUCAAGCAACGUGACGAAGAUGAUGAAGAUCAAAAGCAGGACAAUCGAAAUCAUUCACAAAAACCCAAAGCCAUAAGCCGACAAAGUUCACAAGCAACAAAACAGGCACAAAAAGAUGUUAAGGUUGAGUUUAAAAUAACCAAUGAACAUGUUGCGCUCAUAGCGGGUAGACAAGGGGCCAAUUUGAAAUCGAUACAGGAUAGAACCCAGACCACCAUACAUUUUCGGGACAAAGACGAUACACAUAAAAUGUGUGAAAUAACUGGCUAUCCGGACAAUGUAAAAGAAGCUCGUGCCAUUCUCUUAAAGGAAAUCGAACGUUCACCGAUUGUCAAAGAAGAAAUCUAUGUACCACAAAGUGUUUGUGGCAAAAUUAUGGGUCGUUGCGGUGAAGCAAUGCAAGAAAUAUGCCGUCUAUCCUUGGCCAAGGUUUCCGUAGAUGCCGGAGUACGCAGUGCCAAUACGAGACGUAUCACAAUUACUGGUAAUCGUCAGCAGGUCAAUAUUGCUCGUAAAAUGAUUGAAGAUAAAAUCGAAGAAGAUGACAAUUUACGCAGAGCUGUUCAAGAGGUGGAACAGAAACGUGAACCCAGACGUUCACCCGCAAACAGUGUCAAUUCCAGCAUGUAUUCGUCACAGACAUCGUUAAGUUCGCAUUUGCCGCCGCGUGAAAAACUAAUGGCCGCCCGCAACGAUGAAAAACCCAUGGAGGUAUAUGUUUCAGCCAUUGCCUCGCCAGCAAAGUUUUGGGUACAACUCAUUGGACCACAAACCAAGAAAUUGGAUGAUUUGGUAGCCAAUAUGACAGCGUACUAUAGUAAUGCUGAAAAUCGUGCAAUGCAUCAAAUACAUGAACCAUAUUUGGGCCAAAUUGUCGCAACGGUUUUUAAACAUGACAAUAAAUGGUAUAGAGCUGAAGUUGUUGGCAUUCUACCCAAUCAAUACAAUCCCAAUGAGGUUGUAUUGGAUUUGUAUUUUGUUGACUAUGGCGAUAGUGAAUAUGUAUUACCUCAUGAAAUUUUUGAAUUGCGUACGGAUUUUCUUACAUUAAGAUUUCAAGCUGUUGAAUGCUUUUUGGCCAAUGUGAAGUCAACGUUAAUUAACGACCCACAGACAUGGGAACCCCAAUCCAUUGAAUUCUUUGAAGAUUUUACACAAGUUGCCCGUUGGAAGAAAUUAAUUUCACGUGUUGUUACAUAUAAGGAUCGCGUUAAAACCCUGACUGGAAAUGCAGCGGCACGCGAAGGAUCUCCCAUACCCGGCGUUGAAUUAUAUGAUAUACAAGAGGGCAUUGAAAUUAAUUUGGGUCACAUGAUGAUUUCUCAUGGCUAUGCUCUGCCAACCAGCGAGGAUUACCCACGUGCAAUGUCUCCGUAUACAGCAAGUCUUAGCAAUUCCAAUGAUGCCUUGACCUCAUCGACAACGUCAUCCGUUAAGCCACAAUCACCGCAGCCACCUUUAUCCCCAGCUGCCUACUCGAAUAAUGCCGAUACCGCCGAAGAUGCUUUAAUUGAAGAACAAUUGAAGCAUUUGAAAACAGUUACUCCGUUUGAUAAAUACGUUAAUGGCAACAAUAUUGCUGCAGCUGUUACAAAAAUGUCUCCCUCGGAGUUUCUGAAUGGCGGCCAAGCAGCAACAGCCGGAAGUGCAAACAUAAUGACCACAAACGGUCACCAUCAUGCAACGACGCCGUCAACAUUAUUCAAUGGCAAUCCUCAACGAUAAAGACUGUGGUUAUUGUUGUUACUUUAGAAGUACCAGAAAUUAGAUAGUAUGGCAGUUGUAGUGUUCUUAUAUUUGUUUUUGAACAAUACUUCUCCUGUAAAUAGAAUGUGAAGUUUUUUUUAAGUUUUCUACAAAUUGUAUUUUAUUAUUUUUAUUUUUUUUUUUUAAUUUAAGAAUCUUUAUGCCAUAUGUUUAGUUGUUAUUUAAUAUUAUUCUAUUUUUCUUUGCUUCCUUUUUCUUUUUUUUUUAUUUGGGGACAUCAUACACCCUAUAUGGUUUUUAUUAAACAACUACUGUUGUCCUUUCUUUUUUCAUUUCUAUGAGCUAUUUUUUAUUUUCGGCCCUUUUCCUUUUUUAUAUUUGUUUCUUUCUUGAAUGAUUAUCCUCAAUUUGUGUAAAUAUUUCCAAUGUAUAUUAAGUGUUUGUUUUAUUACAAUAACAACAAAUGAACAAGAAAUAUCAUUUAUGUUCUAUGUACCCUCCCAAUUGAAACAUUUACUUAAUCAAAUUGAGUACAUAUUGUUGAUCCAAUUGUCCGAAAUUGGCGUUGCAUAUCGUUUUUGAAGAUAUCAAAUACUACUUUGUUGUACAGAAAAACUUAACAUGGAAAAUGAACACAAAAUUUCCAUGGAAAUAAAUAGAAUUUAAAAAUCAUAAAA